UCCACCUCGGCACAUCCUCCACCGAACGCGCCCGACCCAACUUCGUCCUCAUUUUCUGCCUCUGCCUCCCCCAAACCGCAAAAUGCCGACAAGGGAGGACUCGCCUCCGCCUCUGCCGCCAGUCCCGCCGAACUCUCCCGUCUUAAAGUAAGGCUCAAGGGCGGACUGCGGCAGUUCCCAGAUUUCCCGUCGCCAGGCAUUCUAUUCGAGGACAUCAUGCCACUAUUCAGCUCACAUGAUCUCCACAGCGAUCUCAUUACGGCUCUUGAGUACCAACUUGCGGCGAGCUUCCACACGACCAUUGGCGAGAAGAGCGAGAUCGAUGUGAUUGUGGGCUUGGAGAGUCGGGGCUUCCUGUUCGGCCCGACGUUGGCGUUGAGAGUCGGUGCGGGUUUUGUGCCUGUGCGAAAACCGGGCAAGUUGCCUGGUGAGACGGUGGAGGAGAGUUAUCGGAAAGAGUAUGGAGCGGAUGCCUUCCAGAUGCAGGCUGAUGCGAUCAAGCCCGGACAGAAGGUGGUGAUUGUGGACGAUAUCAUUGCGACGGGCGGCACUGCAGCUGCUGCCGGCAAUCUCGUCCAGAAACUCGGCGGACACCUCCUCGGCUACGUCUUCAUUAUGGAACUGGACUUUUUGAAGGGCAGAGAAAAACUCAAUGCUCCAGUUCAUACGUUACUGAGUGCGCAGGACGAGGCCCUCAAG